AUGAAUAAAAGAGAUCAAGGAUGGUGGAGACGCGAACAUGACGAUCGUAACAUUAAUCAAUCAAAAUUACCAAAUAAUUACGGAUGGUCACAAGAAUUAAAUCAACAAACAAAUCUCCGUUGUUGGUAUUGUAAAGAACAAAAUCACUAUAGCAAAGAUUGUCCAACAGCUCAUAUCUGUCAACAAUGUAAACGAAAAGGACAUACUACUACAAGUUGUUAUCAGAGACAAAUAUGUGGCUAUUGUGGUCGACAAGGACAUAUUGAAGAAAUUUGUCAAAUUAAGAAACAAUCACAACGACAGCUAAAUCCAUAUCCGCCUCAAGGAUACACACGACAGCAGCUAUCAUCAUCACAAAAUCAGCAAUAUUUAAACUAA